GCUCAAGGCCAGGCUGACUAGUGCCACAAGGUCUCUACUUUGUCACUUCAGCCCCCCUCCCAUACCUUCCACACCUCAUCUCGGCCUUUCUUGGCUGCCCGCCCAUCGGCCAGCCUUGUUUUACCCAAUCCGUCUCGAGCAACAGUUUGAAGCAUUUAGGGGCGCCUCCCUCCCUCCAAGUACCCUUGUUUCCACCCUUUUGGUAUGGUCUCGUUAGUGACGGGUUAUGGACUCUUCACUUCCUGCCGCGUCGGACGACGGAGACCUUGCCUGGUCGGAUAGCCACAGCAUGGAUUCGGAUGAUAUCCAGGGUCUUCCCCAAUCAUCGUCCUGGUUCACCUCACUUUCGUCAACCUCAACUUCUGCCUCAAUGUCUUCGGCCAUGAGCUUUGCUCAGACUGGCCAGCUUUCACCCAUCAGCAAUGGCAUGGACGCGUCCUAUCAUGGCACGGAUCUGUCAGGAAAUUCUUGUUGCUCUUCCUCCUCCGCUUCUGCCUCUGCCUCGCCUGAAUUGACCCAGUCGGCAGCUUCUCUCUCUUCUAUGGAGAACUGGGAAAUGGCACUCGACAGUCACCAUGGCAGUUCUGGCCACGGCCACGGCCACCAUUAUGAGUUGUCGUGGGACCCGGACUCGGACGACAACAUGCUGCCGUUGCCAAAAAUGGAGCCAUUGGAUGAUGACGACUUUUGCAUGGACCAUAUCAAGGAAGCUCCUGCAAAUGCACUUCCAAACAGUGACGGUUCGAUGCUAGAUCAGCCAAAGGCGAAGCGGCCCCGAGGUCGACCCCGCAAGCAUCCAAUUGCGCCUCCUGUCCCUGCGAACAAGAUUACAAAGGGCCGAUCCAAGACAGGCUGCCUCACUUGUCGGAAGCGCAAGAAGAAGUGUGACGAGGCAAAGCCACGGUGCAUGAACUGUGAGAAGAAUGCCGUGGUUUGUGAAGGUUACCCCGAGAAACAGAUCUGGAAGAGUGGCAGAGAGAGGGCCGAGGAGGGUAAGCACAGCAGCCUUGGGAAUACACCCGUGGUAGGACAGUCUAACAUGCCCAUGCAUGCAGAACGCCUCAAGUCCCACAGUUUGCCGUCCAUUACCAUGCAGCCAUUGUUCCACGGGCUCGAGACGGUCGAAGAUAGGAUCUUCUGGAAGCAUUAUAACGAGCAUCUCAGCACGGUGUUGACCGUUGAGGGAGAACACAAGAAUGCCUUCAAGGACAUGAUGGUGCCAAUUGCAGUCAAGCAUCAAGGCCUCAUGCACUCCAUCCUUUCGUUGGCCAGCAAACAUAUCGACUAUGACACACCCUACGGUCUCAAUAUCCUCAAGAACAACCGAUCGACAUCUGCCCACAAGCUCCACGAACGGUCUCUGUAUCAUCAUGAUCAAGCCAGGCAGAAGUUCUAUGAGGACGUGGAAGUCAGCGAUGCAAUGAACCCUCAAGACAAACUCCGCGUGUCUGCCCGUUACGGCCAGAUGCUUUGCUUCCUCCUCGAGGCAUUGGCUGAGGGCAACCCGCGUGGUGAGCACCGGCUCCAUCUUUCGGCAUACAAGAGUCUCAUUUCAAGCUCGCCGCCAGAGGACUCGGCUUUUUUCUCGUUCAUCGCCGAGUUUUUCCAGUACCAUAUCUUUGCUGAUGAGUUGAUUCAUUCCGUUUCAACUCUUCACCACCGUGCGGUUCCCAACGAUGCCAACUACACACCAGCUAUCUAUCCCCCCCGGCUCAUUGGUGUUGCCGAUGGACUCUUGGAGUACCUUCCUCAGAUUACCAUGAUUCGAAACACCAUUCGGCACAAUAUUGUCACUCAAGUCGACCCAUUGGUUGACUACGUCAGCCUUUAUCGGGCGGCUGAGAUCGAUGCAGCUAUCAAGGACUGGACUCCCCACUGGCCUCAAGGAGACCAUCGUGACCGAGUAGGACUCCUAUACAAGCACAUGAUGUGGAUCUACCUUGUUCGGACCGUCUACCCGCCGUCUCCUUCGGCUCCUUUGCUUCCAACAAAGUCAUCGGAUCUCCGGUUGUCUACCCUGUCCAAUGCCUACCAUAGUCGAUCCGCUGUGCCUGGUGUUACUACGCCGCCUAUGUCGGCAUCACCAAGCUGCACUUCGUCGCCCAAGUUGGAGGGUUCAGAUUAUGGAAUGGGCUCCGUCCCUUUCCUCAGCACCACUUCAUCUUUGCGAGCCGAGUCGCCGCCACCAUCUCGCAAGCCACUCCAGCACGACCCGCGGGUUACCGUGGCUAUUGAGGAGUCUUUAGGCAUCAUGGAAUCUUUCAAGCCUAGCGACCCAUGCCAAACCCUGCUCCUCCUCCCAUGCUUUAUCAUCGGUACGGCAUGCUUCACGCCUAACCACCGGGAUCGGGUUCGGGCUGCUGUAAAAACUGUCAAGGGAUACACUGGUCUUAGAAACGCUGACCGCGUCUUGGAAAUUCUGGAGCAUGUGUGGCAGCUUAUGGAGAGUGGUGAUUGGGCCGCAGUAUGGGACUGGCCUCGUAUUGCUCAGGGGUUGGGUCUGGAUUUCAUUCCUGCUUAAACCCCUUGGGUCGUACGUGAGUUGGAUUUCAAGACUCGUGGUUCAGACAGCAAGACUGCUAAGAUCACCUUCCCAUGUACUAACAAACUACAUGCCGCUUGAUUUCUUUGAGGUUGUGC